CAUCUUCAUUUAUAGUUUGCCCACAGCAUUAACAAGCAUCACCGCCACACGUGCGCGUUUCCUUUGUCCCCUUCGUCUUCGGCUUCCCGGUCCGCUCGUUCUUCGUCUCCAUCGCCUCUCUCGAUCCUUCGUCGGCGAGGUCGGUAAUUCCCAUUUCUUUUAGUUAACAUUGAAGCCCGGCCAUCCGCUAGCGUUGUCUUCUCCUUUCUUCCUUCUUCCAAACAAUUCCAUGCCCCCGACCUUCUUCCCUUCCUCAACCCUCCUCAAGGUUGCUGUCUCCUUCCCCUCCCGCCACCAUCACCCUCCCUCCCCCCUUCUUCAUGGAAGAAAGCACAACCAGCAGCAGCACAAAUCGGCUCAUAGAAUCGUCCGUUUCAACGCCGCUGCCGAUCCCAGCGUCGCCCUAAAUCCAUCCGUCGGCCCGAGGAGUCUCGUCGGUGCCCUAAUCAGCGGGACGGGUUUCCGCGGCUGGGCCCGACCCGCCGGGGCCGAUUCGUGGUGGAUGAUGAGGCCCGGAUCUGGGCCGGCGACCUUCGGUCGAGGCUUCCUCGGCGCGAGAAGCUGGGCGGCCGGCGGGCCGGAUCGCGGGGGUGCCGGCGAGAGGGACGCAGUUCAGGUCGUGGGUCCGGCGGAGUCUGGAGAGAUGGAGAUCAAUGGGAGUCAUCCUCCGCGGCAGCAGCAAGAACAGAGAAGUUCUGAUCCUCCUACGUUGCUCACGCUGCCAACUGUUCUCACCCUCGGGCGAGUCGCGGCAGUUCCCCUUCUUGUGUGCACUUAUUACAUGAAUGGUUGGUGGGCGACAACUGCUACAACAAGCAUCUUUAUUGCCGCAGCAAUCACAGACUGGCUUGAUGGUUAUAUUGCUCGAAAGAAGCAUCUGGGAACAGCAUUUGGGGCAUUUUUGGAUCCAGUGGCUGACAAGCUUAUGGUAGCUGCCACACUAGUAUUGUUGUGUACUAGACCCUUGGAAGUUGCUACAUUUGGAGAGGUACCAUGGCUUCUAACAAUACCUUCAAUUGCAAUUAUUGGAAGAGAGAUCACAAUGUCAGCAGUUAGAGAGUGGGCUGCAUCUCAAAAUAGCAAAGUUCUUGAGGCUGUGGCGGUCAAUAAAUUGGGGAAGUGGAAGACGGCGAUGCAGAUGAUCGCACUGACCAUACUCCUUGCAACUAGAGACUCCAACCUCACUGGGAUAGACAUGGUAGUUGCUUCUGGUGUAGCUUUACUCUACGCAUCCGCCAGCCUUGCUGUGUGGUCCUUGGUGGUGUACAUGAGGAAUAUAUGGAGACUCAUGCUGAUGUAGCAGCUACUAGUAGUUUCAAGAUGAGAACAAGCAUUGGCUUCUCGCGCAUCGCCAAUGAGCAUAUGGGCUCACGAUUCACAGGUGGCUUAACCGAGUGACAGAAACUGGGUUGGUGAACCAGAUCUAUCAUGCUGGUCUCCAGUAUGAACUAUAUAUAUAUACUUGGAUCUUCCGCAAAUUGACAGUCUAGUAUGUUCUUUUUGUAAGGGAUGGCCUUACCAUAUACUGGUAGGAGACUACCCCGUAAUCCAUUGUGGAUCAUGUCCGAUGUGAAGUUCGCCACCAAUACGAAGCUAGUAAACAUACAUUCCUGACGCAGCGAUAGCUGUGUACGUUGGAUACUGAUUCGACGACAAUGUUUUACAAAGGUUGAGAAUAUCUUAAGAACUUUCUAGUA